AGGAUAGUGUAGGAUCAGCCAGAGUGGGGAGUGGGGUGGACAAGGAGGAGGAAUCACCUUUCUGGAUUGUCCUCUGUGGUCGUGUAGAUCAUGGAAUAUCCUGAGUUGGAAGGGAUCCACGAGGAUCCUCCAGUCCAGCUCCUGGCCCUGCACAGGACAGCCCAACGGUGCCAAUUAAAAUUUAUAACAAUUAAAGACAGCCUGAACUCGCCAGGUGUUUUAGUGGCUGGUGGGUUUGGGAUUGCUGGAACAGUCUUGUGUAAAGCCAUGGGACUGAUGGGCAGAGGCAGAAAUGGCAGCUUGUCCCCCAGAGGCCUUUCCAGAGGGAGGGAUGAGCCACGGGAGGUGUUCUUGCCUUGGCAGGAUGUCAGGUACUACAGCGAGGAGAGCGAGGUGGAUCUGCGGGACCCCAUCAAGGACUACGAGCUCUACAGGGAGACCUGCCAGGAACUCCAGAGGCUCAUGGCAGAGAUCCAGGAGCUGAAGAGCCGGGGCAUCAAGGAAAAUGCCGUGGAGAUUGACGAGCGGCGCGUGCAGAGCUGUGUCCACUUCAUGACCCUGAAGAAGCUGAACCGCCUGGCCCACAUCCGCCUGAAGAAGGGCAGGGACCAGACCCACGAGGCAAAGCAGAAGGUCGAUGCCUAUCACCUGCAGCUGCAGAACCUGCUCUACGAGGUGAUGCACCUGCAGAAGGAGAUCACCAAGUGCCUGGAAUUCAAAUCCAAACACGAGGAGAUCGAGCUGGUGAGCCUGGAGGAGUUCUACAAAGAGGCCCCCCCUGAAAUCAGCCGCCCUGCCAUCACCCUGAGCGAGCCCCACCAGCAGACCCUGGCCCGCCUGGACUGGGAGCUGGAGCAGCGCAAGAGGCUGGCAGAGAAAUACAAGGAGUGCCUGACCAGCAAGGAAAAGAUCCUGAAGGAGAUCGAGGUGAAGAAGGAAUAUCUGAGCAGCCUCCAGCCUCGACUCAACAGCAUCAUGCAGGCCUCCCUGCCUGUGCAGGAGUACCUGUUCAUGCCCUUCGACCAGGCUCACAAGCAGUACGAGACCGCCCGGCACCUCCCGCCGCCUCUCUACGUCCUCUUCGUCCAAGCCAGUGCCUACGGACAGGCCUGUGAUAAGAAGCUGGUGGUGGCCAUUGAAGGGAGUGUGGAGGAAGCCAAGGCCCUUUAUAAACCACCCGAGGACUCACAGGAUGAUGAGAGCGAUUCCGACGCAGAGGAGGAGCAAACCACGAAGCGGCGCAGGCCCACCCUGGGUGUGCAGCUGGACGACAAACGCAAGGAGAUGCUGAAGAGACACCCCUUGUCUGUCACCCUGGACCUGAAGUGCAAAGAUGAGAACGUGCUUCACCUGACCUUCCACUACCUGAUGAACCUCAAUGUCAUGACAGUGAAAGCCAAGGUGACCACUGCCAUGGAAAUGACCACGGCCAUCAGUGCGGGGGAUCUGCUCUCCCCAGACUCCCUCCUCAACUGCCUCUAUCCAGGGGACCACGGGAGGAAAACGCCCAACCCAGCCAACCAGUUCCAGUUUGAUAAAGUGGGCAUCCUGACCCUGAGUGACUACGUGACAGAGCUGGGACACCCCUACGUGUGGGUGCAGAAGCUGGGUGGCCUGCAUUUCCCCAAGGAUCAGCCUCAGCACACGGUGGCUGCUGACAAUUCCCUGAGUGCCAGCCACAUGGAGCUGACAGUGAAGCUGCUCCGGAGCCGCCUGCAGUCCCGCCUGGCCCUGCACAAGCAGUUUGCAUCCCUGGAGCACGGAGUUGUGCCAGUGUCCAGCGAGUGCCAGCAGCUCUUCCCCACCAAAAUCGUCUCACGCCUGGUGAAGUGGACUGCCAUUCCCUAUGAGGAUUAUGCUGAGCUGCCCUACACUAAGGAUGUGAUAGAGGCUGGCUUGGCUGAAGACACUCACCUCUACUACAUGGCCCUGAUAGAGAGGGGAACAGCCAAGCUGCAGGCAGCUGUGGUGCUGAACCCUGGUUAUUCCACGCUGCCUCCUGUCUUCAGCCUGUGCCUGAACUGGAAGGGAGAGCGGAACAGCAGCAACGACGACAACAUUCGGGCCAUGGAGAGCGAGGUCAAUGUCUACUACAAGGAGCUGUGGGGGCCCAAGCCUGGCUACCAGCUGCUCACCAACCAGCUGCAGCGCCUGUGCAUGGUGCUGGACGUGUACCUGGAGACAGAGCCCCACGAUCCCAGCGUGGAGGGGCCCAAGGAGUUCCCCCAGGAGAAGAUGUGUCUGCGCCUGGUCAGGGGCCCCCUGCGCCUGAAACCCUUCAAGUUCAACUACCCCCAGGGGUUCUUCAGCCAUCGCUGAGCAGCCCUGGGCCUCAUCCUGGGGUGGGACUUGUUCACUCUGUGGCAGGAGUGUUCCUAUCCUGACAUUUCUGCUUCUUUUACAAUAUUUUGGGGUUGGUUUGAAGGUUUUGUAGUCAAAGGGAUUAAACUGAGCUAAAGAAAAAA